AUGAUUCCAAUCCAGCUCACAAGGCCAGGUCAACUUAGCAAUGGCUGCAAAAGAACAUUCCAGAGUUCAUCUCUGCCUCUGAUUGGUCCUCAAGAAGCCCUGAUCUCAACCCACUUGGUACCGGCUUUCAUCCGAACUGGAGAGGAUGCCAUGCCACAGACAGAGAACACCCUGACUUGGAAAGUCUCAAUCUCAGGUCCGAGCAGUUGA